CUCGAGCAGCGUUUAAUGCGGUUUCAACUGCCGAGCCGAUCAGUUCGAUCAAUCGUUCGCCCACUUGAGCCUUACCCACCCGAGAUUGAAGAUGCCCCAGUCGAGCUUCUUUGCCAAGAGCGUGCCCUUCGAGCAGAUCGACAAGCUGGCCAUCAGUGGCGGAUACUCCUCGAUCUUCGCCAGCAGCCAGCCAUCGGUUCCGGUGGUCGGAAACUGGGAGCAGCGCUUCUGCCGCCUGGCGGACACCUUUCAGCCGAUCCUGGAUCGUGUGUAUGACUUCGAGGUCCGGGAGGACGACGUGUGGAUUGUCACUCUGCCAAAAUGCGGCACCACCUGGAUGCAGGAGCUGGCCUGGUUGGUCAUCAACGAGUGUGACUUUGAGACGGCCAAGAGCGUGGAUCUCACGCAUCGAUCGCCCUUCCUUGAAUUCAACGGAGUGGUUCCCAACGUGCCGCACGACACCAUCGCCGCAGCGAAUGAGCUGCCCUCUCCGCGUCUGAUCAAGUCCCAUCUGCCCGCCUGGAUGCUGCCGCGGCAGAUCUGGAGCAAGAGGCCCAAGAUAAUCUAUGUGUACCGCAACCCGAAGGACGCGGCCAUCUCGUACUUCCACCACUGGCGCGGAAUGGUGGGCUACCAGGGCACCAAGUCGGACUUCAUGCACUCCUUCAUCGAUGGCUAUGUGAACUUCACGCCCUGCUGGCCGCAUAUCCUGGACUUCUGGCAGCUGCGCCACGAGCCCAACAUCUUCUUCACCAGCUACGAGCGGAUGAAGGGUCAGCUGGGCCAGGUUAUCGCGGAGGUGGCCCAGUUCCUGGAGCGCACUCUCAGCCAGGAGCAGAUCCAGCAGAUGCAGCGACACCUCUCCUUCGAGAGCAUGCGCGACAAUCCCGCGUGCAACCACGUCAAGGAGUUCGAGAGCAUGAAGGCGGCUGCAGGACGGGAGGUGGAGGAAUUCAGGUUCGUUCGCCGCGGAGUCGUGGGCAGCCACAAGGAUGAGCUCACCGCCGACAUCAUCCGGGAAUUCGAUCUCUGGUCGGACAGCAAUCUGCGGGAUUUCAAGCUGAACAUGGAUGACUUUGCCAACUACAGCAAGUUUGCGUCUCUCUAAUUGCUUUCGACAAAGUGGCCGAGUGUGUCUUGGAUAAUAUUCGUUAAUAGUCUGUAAGCUGUGGUGAUAUAAAUGUUUAAUAAAUAAUUGCUUCCCCUA